AUGAGUGCCUACACAGCCCUGCAUGACAAUGACAUCAGCCAUGGUGGCAGCGCAGUGCCACAGAGGAACAUUUCAAACUACAUUCCGCCAUCAGCUGCAGAAGGGGCACUGCUCUUCAUUGUGGCCCUGAUCGGUGGUUUAGGAAACAUCUUUGUAAUGGUCGUCACACUCGUCUGCCCCACAUUCCGCCAGAUGUCAUCUGCGUUUUUGUUCCACCACUGUCUGUUGGACACAAUCAAAUCAGGGUUUUGCAUUCCUUUCGGGUACAGCCUCCUGCUGGACAUCAACAUACCCCACUGUGAUCUCCUGGGGGCUGGUUACAUCCUUCUAAUGACAGUCUCAGCAUACAACCUGCUGGCCCUGUUGGUCAAUGAAGAAUAUCAAUGCUCGUUCGCAUCCAGGCGGAACUAUCGUAAGAACGGAGAUGGGUGCUGUAUAGCUUUUGGUGUUGUCAUCACCUGGUUCACCACCGUCCUGCUUCACCUUGGUGUUGCCUUCUUGCCGGGAAAUUCUGAGUACAGCAAAGAUGUUGGCAACUGCAUUUACCGAUAUGGAGUCACCAAAAACUAUGUUAUACAUGCACUCUGGGUCAUUCUAGUCACUGCAGCGAUCGUUGUCGCUGGUAUUAGCUUCUUUCACUUCUUUCGAAAAUUACGAACAAGCGCUAAGAGUCGGAAAUGGACUUUCCUUCACAAAUCUUUAUCUUCUUUAUCACCUCACAAUGCGUUAUAUAAUGACCAAACAGAGGAGGUUCAUUAUGAAUUUGAUGAUCUUUCAUCCCAGAUGGCGCUCAAGCAGUCUCGGCGAUAUCUCCGAAGAAUCAUCAUAAUGAUGGGGAUGGUUGUGUCUUUUGUGGUGUGCUGGUAUCCCCUGUUCGUGCUGACCCUGCUGGACGUUCACUACAAACAGCCACCACAUUUCUAUCGCCUGCUAAUGAUUCUGGCCUGGGCACACCCUAUAACCACACCCAUCUUCUGUGGCAUCAUCUACUAUGACACUGCAAAAGGUGAAAAGGUCACCAAGGAUGUGUACACAAAUGCCCUGCCCAUGAAAGCAUCUAGAUCCGGGGAUGCUAUCAGACAAGAGAUCAAUCAUAUGUAUGAGACCAGCGGAGGGAUUGGGUUUCACAACGAGAACUUUCAGUUCGUACCCAAUCACUCUGAAGACUCUCCAGAACUCAUUCAUGUGGAGAGUGAGUCUGAAAGUAUUCGCUGUGAUACCCAGACAUCUCACUGUGAGACAAUCAUCAAUUACAACACGGAUGAAGGUGCAUGUCAAACACUGAUUAUGUGA